AUGUCUUCGGAUCCCGCAUCACAUAAACGCACAUCAUCACGGCAAACCUCGCUGUCGUCGCCGUUCGAGCAAACUCCCAGAUUUACACCGCCAACAUCGAAGUCGCGAAACGCCUCGCCUGUCCGCAAGCCGCUCCACGACCGAACAAAUUCGCAAUCCAAUCAAUAUUCUGGACCAACUAUCCGCAUAGUCGAAGAUCCCGGCUCUGACAUUUACUCAAAAUACCCAGUCCCAAGCGAAGCCAGUCAGAUUCUCCCGCCUCCUCGCAAUGCGCCGGGCUAUGGGUUUGAGAGACCCACAUCUCGUGUUUCAAGUGGGAGCCAGGUUGCCAGUACCAUUGCGAAAUUCGAAGCAAGCAAGACACGCGUGCUCCAGCCACCGGCGCCCUUACAGAUUGCGCGCAAAAAGAAGUUCAGACAGUCUGCGUCAACCAGCGCAUCAGAUGCAGACACCCUUGUCGCAUCGUCAUACACACCUUCGUCCUUAAGGUUCUCCCAGGGUAGCACACCUCCGACAUCUCCUCCACCAGAGUUCACAGAGUUCGAGAAGGGUCUUGAAGUACUUGAAGAAGAACGACCUCUUGAGCGAUCGACUAUCCGUGCCGUUCCUCCUUCGUCAGCCGGUGGAGAGUCCCUCGAGAGCCGUGCACGCGCAUUGAGUCCUAAGGCAUCUGCUGCAUCCUUUGCUUCAACGUCACCCGCCGCUUCGCUCAAUGCAAAUAGCAAUGCCGAAGACCCGAUCACUGUCGUCCAGCCGUUCCCAAAAGGUCACAAGCACGAGCCAUCUUCCGAGUCCGCGAAUUGGCAAAUUGCGAACACUGGUGACGCUGACAGUCCGCAACCUGUACUGAAGACAAAAACCUCUGAAGCUUCCUUUGCCUUUUCUGAUAUUUCAUACACCAGCAUUGAACCAACACACUACAACAUCCCAUCGUCGCAGCCUUCGCCAACACUUCAUGAAGCACGCACAGCAACAUUCGCGAGCGGAGCCCGAAUCACCUUUCCCCUUGUACAAGCGCCAGCGGCGAGCAGCCAGCGUGUCGACUCCGAGAACAUACCUAAUUUCGCAUCCCGAAUGCAAGACCGUUCGCUUGUGCACCAAUGGAGCUCCCAGCUGUCAACGAUACCCUCCGUCACCGAGCGCGAUUCGCAAUCGAUUGCGCGCAUUUCGAGGUCUUACACCAGGUCGCAGUCGCAAGAGAGUUUCAACGGCAACUUCAACGGCGGUCGUCGCCCAAGCUACCCGCGGCCGCGAGUGCUCAGUCUCGGCAGUGGACAGUCAUCGGUUGACAAUGUUUCUUCGGUCGACAAUGUCUCUUCAGAGGGACAAAUCGAGAACUCGGCAUUGCCUCUUCCAUUAUUUUCGCCGGUACCACGACCCUCGAACGACGGCAGCGAUGGAGGAGAACACCUCGACACCAUCUCGCCGUUGCCCAUCAGCGUCCCACUUCGGAUGAAGACGUCGGGCUAUCUGCGCAGACAACGCAGCAACAGUUCACUUUCGGAUAGCGAUUCGCGACCGGGCACAGCGCAAUCUGACCUAUCAACUUUUGUCCAGAACACAAUUCCUGGAUGGGCAAGGUAUGCAUGUUUUCAGUCUGGUCGCGAGUUUGCAACUAACGUUCGUGCAGAGUAUAUUACCGAAGGGGAGAAAGAGUCUCAAUCGGCGCGCCAGCAUCAGAGUCUUCGGAAAGCCUCCGACUGCCCACAUCACAUAGCGCUCGUUCGCAAACACCGUCCGACAGUAAUUUCCCCUUCAGCAUCUACCGACCGCGCAACCGACCGCGCAACCGAGCUUCACAAGCAGACACAAUCGACCUCGAGGACGAAAUCCAUUCAGUCGAAGACGGCAUCUACGCUCUUGGACCCCAAAUGCAGCCUCUUAGCGGUUGGUCAACUCCACACCUACGGACCGACCGACGAGGGGGUGCUUCACGCUACAGCGCAUGGAAAGCACCAUCGCUUGACAGCGAUCUUCACACCACACUUUUUGGCCGUCAAAACCGCCAAAUCCUGCUCUUCUGCCUUGGCUUCAUCUUUCCCUUCGACAGACCUCGAGCAACAGUUCGCACGUAAUAUGGGAGCGAUCGACGACAAGGCUUUCCAAAAAGCGACAUGGUGGCGCAAUCUCAAUCGCAUAAUGUCCGCGAUUGGGACCCUCCUCGUGAGUUCACAGCACCACCCCUAG